ACAAUUUAUCGCGAAAACCGAUUUUGAAAACCGCCAGAUCUGGCGGGCACGAAGCUAAAUUAGCAACACUGCUUGUCACCGCUAAAUUUCUCAUAGACAGCUGUGGCUUGGACGGAGACUUGCAUUGCGGCUAUUUGGCACGGGGCAGGUGGAAUUAAGGACUUAGCGACGCGAAGGCAGGCCAGAACCCCAACAAUAUGGGAAACACCGACUCCAAGUUGAACUUUCGCAAGGCGAUUGUGCAGCUGACGCAGAAGAACCAGAAAAUCGACCCCAGCGAUGACCAGUUCUGGGAGCAGUUCUGGCAGGGCCACCAGACGACGCUGGAGGACGUGUUCGCGUUGGUCACCUCGAAUGAGAUCCGCCAGAUCCGGAACGACAACCCGGCCAAUCUGGCCACUCUGUGCUACAAGGCGGUGGAGAAGCUGGCCCAGGCCGUGGACAGCAGCUGUCGCACGCAGGCCGAGCAGCAGUGUGUCCUCAACUGCGUCCGUCUGCUCAUACGGUGCCUGCCCUAUAUUUUCGAGGACGAUAAGUGGCGCGACUUCUUCUGGAGCAGCCUGCCCUCGCAGGAGAAGACCAUGCCGCUGGCGCAGUCGCUACUGAACGCCACCUGCGAUCUGCUCUUCUGUCCGGACUUUACGGUGACGGCCACGCGCCGCACGGGUCCCGAGAAGGCCGAGGAGCUGGCUAACAUUGAUAGCUGUGAGUACAUCUGGGAGGCGGGCGUGGGUUUUGCGCAAUCUCCUCCGCACAAUGCCCACAUGGAGCGCCGACGCACAGAGCUGUUGAAGCUGCUGCUCACCUGCUUCUCGGAGCCCAUGUACCGUUCGCCGCAGCAAUCCGAGGAGCCCAACAAGUGGAUAGCCUACUUCACGUCCGCCGACAAUCGCCAUGCGUUGCCUUUGUUCACCUCGUUCCUGAACACCGUGUGCUCUUACGAUCCCGUGGGAUUUGGCGUGCCCUACAAUCACCUGCUGUUCGCGGACACAACGGAACCCCUGGUGGAGGCCUGUUUGCAGUUGCUGAUUGUGACUCUGGACCACGACAUGGUAGUCCAGCAGCAGCUCACCCAACCGGGCCAGUCGUCCUACGACGAAGGUAACUGUGGCGACAAUUUGUUUAUUAAUUAUUUGUCGCGUGUCCAUCGGGAUGAGGACUUUCACUUUGUGCUCAAGGGCAUCACGCGGCUGCUGAAUAACCCUCUCGUCCAGAAUUAUUUGCCUAAUUCCACAAAGCGGCUGCACUGCCACCAGGAGCUGCUCAUCUUGUUCUGGAAAAUCUGUGACUACAACAAAAAGUUUCUGUAUUUUGUCCUGAAGAGCUCCGAUGUGUUGGAUAUCCUUAUUCCGAUUCUGUAUCACUUGAACUACUCCAGAGCGGAUCAAUCAAGAGUGGGGUUAAUGCACAUUGGGGUUUUCAUUCUCCUGCUGUUGUCGGGUGAACGUAACUUUGGUGUCCGUUUGAACAAGGCCUAUUCUGCCACCGUGCCCAUGGACAUACCUGUGUUUACCGGAACUCAUGCCGACCUGCUAAUCACGGUGUUCCACAAGAUCAUAGCCACUGGCCAUCAGCGCUUGCAGCCGCUGUUCGAUUGCCUGCUGACUAUUUUGGUGAAUGUUUCCCCCUACCUAAAGACCCUCUCGAUGGUGGCCAGCGUUAAGCUGCUGCAUCUCCUGGAGGCCUUCAGCACGCCUUGGUUCCUGCUCUCGGCCCCGAGUAAUCACCAUCUGGUGUUCUUCCUGCUGGAGAUCUUCAACAACAUUAUACAGUAUCAGUUUGACGGCAACUCGAAUCUAGUCUACACCAUCAUACGCAAGCGUCACGUGUUCCAUGCCAUGGCGAAUCUCCCUACCGACAUGGCCGGCAUAGCCAAGUGUCUGAGUGGCCGCAAGACGGGCGGUAAGUUUAACUUGCCGCGGGUGCCGCAGAGGAGGCAAGCAGCUGUCUCGCAGGAGCUACCCUCGGCUCAGGUGCCGGAGGAGUACAACGACGAGGAUGAGGAUGAGGACGAGGAGGAGGUGGAGGGCGAGGGGGACAUCAUAAACGAAGAGCCCAAGGCCGAGGAAUCGGAGACAGAGUCCCAUGAGCGAUCUCAGGCGGGUGAGCCGCAGCCGGGUGAGGUACUUACAGCCCAGCCGGCAGAGCCGGGAACCCUAAAGACCUCCCUAUUGGACACACCAGGCAUAAGCCAAAUGACGGAGCGAGAGCAGGCCCAUCCAAACGACAAGCCCCAGACGGACACGGAUAUAGUGCCCUAUGAUAGAUCGGCGGCAUCGACACCAACGGGCGAGCCCAAGUCCACCUCACCCACGGAGUUGUCCCGUCUUUCCGUGGCACACCGAGGCAGUAUUCGCAUGGUGCCCGGCGAAGGCGAUCGAUGGACACCCACGCCCGAGUGGAUCGUCUCCUGGCGCUCCAAGCUGCCGCUGCAGACCAUUAUGCGACUGCUGCAGGUCCUGGUGCCGCAGGUGGAGAAGAUUUGCAUAGACAAGGGUCUGACCGACGAGUCGGAGAUCCUCAAGUUUCUGCAGCACGGCACACUUGUGGGUCUGCUGCCAGUGCCGCAUCCCAUUCUCAUCCGGAAGUAUCAGGCCAAUGCGGGGACCACGGCCUGGUUCCGCACCUACAUCUGGGGUGUGAUCUAUUUGCGCAACGUGGAGCCGGCCAUCUGGUACGACACGGAAGUCAAGCUCUUUGAGAUUCAGCGCGUCUAGGUCAGUAAACCCCUGCAGCAGCAGCAGCAGCGAAACCGUAGCUCACACGCUUUGGCAUUUAUUGUAGUUAAUUUAUUUAGUGCUUAUAUUAACCAUUCCAAAUGUCUUUGUAAAGAAAUCCAAUGUAUAACGAAUUCCCCUUUUAUUGCUUAUCGACGCUCCAUGUCGUCCCAAAUGAGGCUUAUCAGUUGUAACGAUAUAGCGUGAGUUCUUUUUAACUGAUUUGUUAUCGCGGCAUUUAGCAUUGAAUAUUAAUUGCUUUCCUAAUUUAUUUAAAUUGAGCUCUCAAAAAGAACAGUUUGUAGUUUAGUUGUAAACGAAAUUAUUUAAAGAUUAUUUUAUUUAUGUUUUGGGUUAAUCAACAUGUUCCUUGUGCCGUAAUGCUUUAUUUUAUAUAUUUUUUUGUACGGGUAAUUCACAGCUAUAAAUGCUUCUGAUAAUGCAAAAUCAUCCCUCACCUGUUUCUAUUUUAUAUUUUAUCAGAAUUCCAAUUAAUUAGAGACCACAAAACAGCUUUACUUGCUUUUGUAAUUAACAGUACACUUUAGUUGAAUCUAAACAUCUGGUUUUUAAACUUAAUUAAACAUAGUAAUUAGCGAAAGUAAGGAGAAUGUGUAAUAACUCAGUGUCUACGUCUACGUGUGCUUCAAAUACAUAUACAAGAAGAACCUAAAACCUAUAUCUUUAAACGGAAACCAAGUCAUAAAUAUUUGAAAUAAACAAGAGUCUUAACGGAUA